AUGGUUCUGCUGAGAGCAUUCCUUGUAUUAUGCGCCCUAGAGUAUGUGACGUCGCUGGAUGUAAUUCCUGAUAUGUACAACAACAAUUCUGAAAUUAUAGAACGAUCACCAGGAAUAUCUGUUGGUAGCUCAGCGUACCUGGAACUGUACAUCGCGUAUGGUGAACAACACAAAAAUAAAUUAAAAGAUAAAAAUCAAAUAGAAAAAUAUUUAAGAAAGUUUGUAGACAAGAUCAAUGAAAUACUACUCAACCAGGAAAAAAAGAAUGUGCUUCAUGUGGAGUUUUAUCUUGUAGAUUCAAGUCUGUUUAGAGACGCCUAUAGAGCACUCGCUUCCCGUAACAAGAAUGUUCUGGACGCCGAGCUACUUGAGCCAAUACUCGGAGUUUAUGUGAAAAGAUUUGCGAAAAAAAUGAAAGGAAAGCAUCAUAGAAAAAACAUUGAUGCUCUGCUCUUUCUUACUACGGAAAGUAUCAAAAACGAAGAAUCACAAAAGAUGAAUUUCGGCAUUGAACCAGAGGUCGGAGGAAUUUGUUUGACUGGCCACAACAUAGCAGCAGCGACAGAUGACGCCAAGACGUACAGCGGCGUCUAUAGUGCUGCUCGCCAGCUAUCGAGGCUCAUGGGUUCUGUGUACGACGGUGAGGACCCUCCACCAAAGCAGUUUGUACCAGGAAGUGAUGGAGCUCGUUGGUGCAAGUACGAGAACGGUCACCUUAUGGGUCAGCCUCCAAGGAAAGAAAAAAACAUUUUAAAAGUGUCUGAUUGCACUGCACACCAGUACAUAAAUGGUCUAAGACACCGUGGACCCGGUUGUUACGAAUCUGCCAAAACCAAGGAAAUGCAGCUGAGUAAUGAGGCCAAAUAA